UCAACAACUAAGCUAAAUAUCAAUCUCCUUCACAAAACAAAGAAAAGAAAAACAGAAAUGGCUUUGGCUCUGAGGUUCAUCACAUGCCUUGUAUUGACGGUGUGCAUUGUUGCAUCAGUAGAUGCAGCAAUCUCAUGUGGCACAGUGGCAAGUAGCUUGGCUCCAUGUAUCAACUACCUAUCCAAAGGUGGGGUGGUGCCGCCUCCGUGCUGUGCUGGAGUCACUAAGUUGAACGGUAUGGCUCAGACCACACCAGAUCGUCAACAAGCAUGCAAGUGCUUACAGUCUACUGCAAAGAGUGUUGCUGGUCUCAACCCAAGUCUAGCCGCUGGUCUUCCUGGAAAGUGCGGUGUUAGCAUUCCCUAUCCCAUCUCCAUGAGCACUAACUGUGACAACGUCAAGUGAAGUGGUAUCUUAACUAUAUCAGCAUGUGUAUCGAGAGUAUCUUUUAGCAUUAAGUAAAAUAAAAUACGUCUAUGGACGCUCGUCUCACACUACGCCUUUUGUAUUGUGGCUUUGUGAUCUUCUGCUUUCCUCAGUUGUAUCUUAAUAUGUUUGAGAUAUGAAAUAUUAAUCAUCUUAAUCCUAUAAUCCU